UGAUUCCCGCUACCGUGAGCUGGAUGUCGAAGAGUCGAAGCGAUCGUUUGAGACGACAAGCUCCGAUAUGUUUUUGCAGUCGCCGAGGAAACCGCUGUUGACGAUUGGGGUACAUACACAUUGUGAUUCGCGAUCUGCAUGCAAGCUCAUCGUUCUGGUAUCCUCGAUCCUCAUAGUAUUUAGCUUCCUCGGAGCUCUAUGGCUUCAACCAACAUUCAUCUACGGGUCAAGACCAUACCGUAUCGCUAAAGUGUCCAUGUUGUACGGUGACAACAAACUGUACGACAGAGCUUUGGAGUCACAUACACGACAUGGAGAGAAAUGGGGCUAUUCGACAUAUAUUAAGCGACAGAAUGAGUACUGUGCACGCGACAUCCAAGGCCUCAACACCGGCGUCUUCUUCGUCCGCGUCCACCCCUGGACAAUCUCAAUGUUUGUAGAUAGCAUGGCCUUCCCCCUCUGCAACCCCAAAAUCGAAUUAGGAAACGACGCCGACCAAGCCGCCAUGGCUCGCACAGUGGAAAAAUCCAGCGGUGGCCCUGAUGGCUACGGUUUCAAGCGCGGUAUCGUUUACUUGCCUAGAAAACUGUUCAACAGUUAUGAGCUUCCUGGAUAUAUGAGGGAUGGCAGGACAGAUGUGCUAAGAAACUUUACUGGGUUUAUGGAGCCUCACGCUUUCGAAGGCCAAAAGGGAGAUUUUCUCGUUCACCUGCCUGGAUUGUUUGAUGAUCGUGAGCCUUUGAUGUCGGAUUGGCUGGACAUGGUUGAGAACCGUCAAGAAGAUUGGGCUAUCCCUCUGGAAGAAACAACAUACCUCAAAGACACACAGGCGUUCUGGAAUCUUUAUGGCGAGGCGGUCUCUACCAUAAAACAAGCUCUGAACAGAGAGACCAUCGACAAAGACAUGAGAGACGCAGUCGGACAGCUCAGAAACGCUUUGAGCGAGGNNGAAGCCGAUGACUCAGACAAGAUCGUCGAAUACAUGAACGAUCUGAAGCGGCUUCUUCACCCAUCAAUCCUUCUUGAUGAA